CAACGCUCACUCAGGAGGAAGCAUUGACUCCGGUGUGGCUUGUCGGUCCCCUCGGUCUGUGUGUCGUCGCAGAGUCAUGCGGGCGGCGGAGUGUUAGUGCAGUGCAGUGCCCUCCAGAGGGUAGUGAGGGGCGCUCGCAAGGAUUUAUAAGUGAGCGAUAGCAAGAGGAUUAAUUAUAUUGAAGGAAAUUUGCCAUACGCGCGGGACGCCACUGCCGCCGCUGGUAUCACCACUCCCCCGGACCGCAAGGUGGACGAUCCCAGGGGACGCCAUAAAACAGCAGGAUGAGUGAACUGUGGGAGUUGAACACGAUGGAUAGGCGGUACUCCAUCCCGCCCUCCACCAUCUCAGAGCCCCGCCCGCCCCAGCAGACACGAUCGGGCAGCACACUUCCUUCCACCUGCGACGACCUUCACGCGUGGUCCAUCUACCGCCAAAACCUCAACUCAGACUUCACCGACUCGGCUCUCGGCUCGCAGGAGAAGGCGCCGCUGCCCUACGGUAACUUCCAGCUCAGAGAGUCCACCGUACACUCCAUUCUUAAUAAUCCAAGGUAUGGCCCCAAAAGUGAGCUUGGUUCAAACAUGUUCACCUACCUCAAGUUUGGUCUGCCCCGUGUCUUCCCUCCUGCGGCGCCUGGGCGGGAGGGCAGCAGCGGGUACGACUCCAGCGACGACGGGGGCGGCGGGGGGCGAGGGCGAGGGGGUGCGUCAUCUAUUGGGCGAGGGGACAGAUACACAAGAAGCAAGAGUAACCCUGACUUGCUAGCGGCGCGGGACUGGAACUCACCUGUGCCCACUAGAGAAGUUCGCACCAAGAGCUCAAGUGAGGCCAACCUUCUCGCAGCCGACAACUACUACCGGGAGCGUCGGGGGAUGGGAGGAGGGGUGGCCAGCAGGUUAGGGGGGUCGCAAAUGUCCAUCACGUCGAGGCAUUCCAGGCGAUCCAGACAACAAGGUGCCAUCUUCAACCAGCCCAACACGACAUACACGCCGCACGCCCACCGCCCUCACGCCCCCAACCUCACCACACAGAACCACGACGGCACGCCUCACAGGGACCCGCCCAUGCUCAACGAUAAGCUCUUCCCUCGCGACAACCCGUGGGCGGAAGAGGUGGGCGGCGUAGGCAUGAAGACGCCCCACCUGCAGAUCCGUGGGCUGGUGUACGAGACUCACGGACAUGGCGGGCGCACACACCUUCUGGACAACAUCUCUCUGGAGGCUCGGGGCGGGGAAGUGCUGGCUGUGCUGGCGACGAGUGAGUCUGAGGGUUCGUGUCUGCUUGAUGCGCUGGCGAACAGACACGCCAGGUGGGGAGGACGACUUAGGGGAGAUUUUAUCUUCAACGGGAACCACACCAGCCCUGCCAAGGUGGCUGCGCGCUCAUCCUACGUGCAGCAAGACGUCAACUUCUGCCCCGACAUGAGUGUUCGACAGACUCUCCUUCUUCACUCCUUCUUCCGCUCCUGCGGCGAUGUGACGCGUGUGAGGGAAGUAAAGGCUAGGAUCAACGGCCUCAUCAACGACCUCGGCCUGGAGCAGGUACGCCACACGAGAGUCAAGGACCUGACACUGAGCGAGCGGCGGCGACUCAACGUGGCGUGUCACCUACUGCUGGAGACUGACGUGGUGCUCCUCGACCAGCCAACCCGCGGCAUGGACAUCUUCGACACCUUCUUUCUUGUCGAGUACCUGCGGCAGUGGGCGUGUCGCGGCAGGAUAGUGGUCCUCACCAUCCAGCCACCGACAUACGAAAUUUUCACAAUGAUCUCCCGCGUGGCGCUCAUUUCUACUGGACGCCUCAUGUAUUUCGGCAGGAGGCGAGAGAUGUUGCCUUACUUCGCCUUCAUUGAGUACCCGUGCCCGGCCUACAAAAACCCGUCGGACUACUACCUUGACCUCGUUACUCUGGACGACCUGAGCGCUGAGGCGAGGCUGGAGUCAUCACAACGAGUGGAAAUGCUCGCCGAGACGUUCAGGCGACGGCAGGAGGCUCUCAGUGACCCUGGCCCGCCGCUCCCUCUCCCGCCCAAGGUCCGGAAGGAGAAUCUCUGCCUCCAGCUCCUCGGGCUGUGGAUACGCGCCAUGAUUUACCAGUUCCCGUACAAUAUGAUGAACUGGCUGGCCAUGACCCUUGUGGCGGGCAUCAUGUCUGUGGUGGUCGGCGCCGUGUACUGGGACGUCCGCUCCUCGAUGCAGCAACACCAGGACAACGUGAAUAACAGAGCGAACUUCCACUAUGUGAUGGCCACACUUGCCCUUUGGCCUGUGCUUCUCAUGGCCAUCUCGGAGGUGUGGCGAGACAAACCAGCGGUGGCGCGAGACGUGGCUGACGGACUCUACUCUAAAGGCAUCUACAUUCUGACCAAGAUCUGCUACAGCUUCCUGGCGGCGGGUGGAACUUUCCUCGCUUACAUUCUUCCAGCUUACUCCAUGGCGGGCUUUCCCACCGCCGAGGAGUUCUACGUCUAUUUGGGCUACAUGCUGCUAUACCUGUGCGCCGUCCGUGCCCUCGCCAUCGCCGCUGCCUGUGUCUUCGACUCCAGACACGCCGCCGCAAUGACGACGGGCUUCAUCCUGACUGUGGCUACGCUGGGCUCUGGCUUCACUCUCCACUCCAUGGAUAUUUCCCUGUGGGCGUGGCCGACGCUGUGGUGGUCGCCAGUACGCUGGUUGCUGCACGAGGUGGAGCGGCAGGAGUUUGAGAACACUGAUGAGUUCCUAUGUGAUAGAAAUCCAGUGUUGCAGGAUUCGCUCUCCGCCAUCCAACGGAAGGCGCCGUGCGGGGUGGUGACAGGCACGCAGGCACUGCGAUACAUGGGGCUGGAGGAACCCAAACUCCCAGGCGCUCUCUAUCCAGCUGUGUUCCUUCUAGCGGCCUACCUGUGCGGCCAGAUCGUCACAGUCAUUGCCUUCAUCGCCAGUAAAAAACCUAACAGGGUCAAGAAGUACAGGACGGAAUAGCGGAAAGACGCGCUGGUGUCUGUGGUUUGGUUCUAAUCCCCAACCCGGUGCUGAGUGCGAACAGGCAAGAAGAAAAGUGAAAUCAGUAAAAGCAAGCUACGAUCGCUCAACUCAUUCGUUAAAGAUAUGUAAUACCCUAGAGAGAGAGAGAGAGAGAGAGAGAGAGAGAGUGUGUGUGUGUUCCAGAACGGGAACUAAUUAAUAAGCGUUAUUGAAAUUUCGAGACGAUGUUACAGUAAGAAAUUUUAAAGAGUAAAUCAUUUGGAAUCCCGAGACAGUGGAAUGUUUCCAAGUGUCUACAUUGAGGGAAGCAGAUGACAAGUGGAUGGUCGUGGACAAUGAGCAGGAUGAAGAGAAGAAAAGAACACUGUCUCUGCUUCUCAACAUUUGUCAGUUGUAUAAGUAAUGAAAAAUUGUGUUUUAUCCUCAUGUAGAUGAAUAAUAGCUUUAUUCAUUGGAAAAGUAAGUGUGAGAUACUACAGAAAGAUGUGUUUUGAACGCGUCACACGGAGGGAAUCAGAAGGAAAAGCUUCCGUCAUGAGGAUCACCACCCACUGCCCUGUCAUUACUGAACAGUAGCACAGGGGUAGUCCAGCAGAUUAGGCGGAUUUCGGUGUUGAGUGUGUGAUUAUAGCAGAAGCCUUCAGCAAGUGGCAACGUUGACCAGAGCCUCCAUGGUAGGGAGUAUACUUGGGUAAGAGGGACGACCCUGCCGGCCACCUCACAUGCAGCGAAGGCACGACUUGCUGCAUAUAACAUUCAUGAUGUAAAAGAAUACAUUUAUGAAUGCAUUGCUCACUACUCAUCUUUGCGUUUGUUAAUCGUGUAAAUUAUUAGCCGUUAUAUUUUUCAGCUCAUAAGGUUUGAUGAAUGCCUUACAAACAAUGGUUGUUUUCAUUGCUGUCAUGCAGUCUUAGUGCCAGCAGCUAAUAAUUAUCCACAUGUAAUAUAGUAUAUAUGGUGAAUAUUUCCUUGUUUUGUGAAUAUUAAACCACUGUCAGUGACUACCCACAGCCUGGCGCUGCGUCUGGUCACUCACAUAUAUUGACGUACUACUUGGCAGGUGCAUGCACGCGGUGCAGCGCUCAGCGUUACCAGGGACAUGAAGAGCGGAUACAGAUACGCAGCAGUGCAUUUGUCCGCUCUUAUGAAGACCAAUGUGACUAUAGUUUACGUUGCCAGGAUGAGUGUUUACGUGACUGUCUGUCUCGUUAAGAGGGACGGGGUAUGCAGGGCAGAGUCAGGAAGCUCAAGCCUUGGCCGGUGCAUUCCUUACGUAAAGUAACUGUCUCCCGUGAUUGCUCCAGGAGAUAACGCGACCCUGCAGUUGUUCAGCCUGGGAGCCCAUUGGUCCAUUGGGACACGCUAAUUUCAUUAGUGGUCCAAUCUGUUAAUGUAAGAGGCAACGGCGUAAUACUCAGUUAAGGUAGUAACUAUACUAUGUAUCAUAAGGGAAAUGACCCUAAAGGUACAAUAAUGAUCAGAACUACACACCACACCACUUCUCUCAUGCAGACACAUCGAUAUUCUUACUCCACCACACGAAACACUGCAAGAGCUGAAAAACAAAACGACAUGGUUGCUGAAUUGUAUGAAAG